AUGGUAGAGGAACCUGACAAACAAAAUCCUAUCCACAUUGCUACUCCAGAUUUGAGUGUGAGCAAGGAGACGAGUUUCAAAUUUGAGGUAGAGCUUACUCCAAAGCUCGAAUAUCUUGUAUACGAGUUUUACGCGUAUCAGCGUACGACCGCGAAAGUUUCAACUUGUGUUGCCACAGAAGCAAUGGCACAACCGUGCGCAUCCACCUCUGACCAUAGGUCUCGAGCGCCUCAUUCUAAAGUAGGAGGUUAUCCCAUCCCAAGCAUAAAACCUCCAUGUUUCUGCUCAUCCAAUCCAGCAUCAACCUCUAUCUCAAAAUUUAUCUCAGACCAACCAUUCCUCUCACUCCUGGAAACCAACUGCCACACUAUCAAAGACCUCACCAAAAUCCACGCCCAACUCAUCAAAACCGGCUUAGCCAAAGACACCAUAGCCGUUAGCCGAAUCUUGGCCUUCUGCGCCGCUCCCGGCCCGGCCCGAGACCUUGAUUAUGCAUUCUCCGUCUUCUCUCAUAUCGAAAAACCAAAUCUUUUUACUUGGAACACUAUUAUCAGAGGUUUCUGUCAGAGCUCACACCCUCAUGUUGCAAUUUCACUCUUUGUCGACAUGCUCACGAAUUCGACACUUGAGCCCGAAAACCUCACUUACCCAUCAGUUUUCAAAGCUUACACCCAGCUUGGACUCGCCGGAGACGGAGCUCAGCUUCACGGAAGAAUCAUCAAACUGGGAUUUGAACACGACCCAUUCAUACGAAAUUCGAUUAUUCACAUGUACGCAGAUUGUGGGCUUUUCGGCAGUGCCCGCAAACUGUUUGAUGAAGACGAAGACACCGAUGUUGUUGCUUGGAACUCCAUGGUGAUGGGCCUUGCAAAGUGUGGGGAGGUGGAUGAAUCUUGGAGGCUGUUCUGUAAAAUCCCAUGUAGAAAUGACAUUUCUUGGAAUACAAUGAUCAGUGGAUAUGUUAGAAACGGGAAGUGGGUGGACGCACUCAGCCUGUUCGCAGAAAUGCAGCAAAGACAGAUCAGACCGAGCGAGUUCACACUUGUGAGUAUGCUGAACGCUUGCGCCAAAUUAGGAGCUCUCGAACAGGGGAAAUGGAUUCAUCGCUACAUCAAGAAGAGCGACAUCAAUAAUAUUGAUCGUAAUACGAUUGUAGUGACGGCAAUCAUAGACAUGUACUGCAAGUGCGGCGACAUCAAAACAGCCCGUGAAGUUUUUGAAUCCACCCCACAAAAGGCACUAUCUGGAUGGAACUCGAUGAUUUUGGGCCUAGCGACAAACGGGUUCGAAGAAGAAGCGUUUCAACUCUUCACCGAACUCGAACAAUCGUCGAAUUUGAACCCCGAUUCCGUGAGCUUCAUCGGUGUUCUUACAGCCUCAAAUCAUUCUGUACGAGUCGAUAAAGCAAGAGAGUAUUUUAAAGUGAUGAAAGAAACAUAUGGGAUUGAACCAACGAUUAAGCACUAUGGUUGUUUGGUUGAUGUGUUGGGCAGGGCGGGGCUUAUUGAACAAGCAGCAGAGGUUAUAAAAAGUAUGCCGAUGAAACCAGAUGCUAUUAUAUGGGGAUCGCUUCUAUCGGCUUGUAGAAGGUGUAGAGACGUUGGAGUUGCUGAGCUGGCGGCAAGAAAUUUGCUUUUGGCGGGUCCCGAUGAAACGAGCGCUCAUGUACUAAUGUCGAACGUUUAUGCAGCUUCGGGUGAUUUCAAGAAAGCGGUCAACGAGAGGACGAAGAUGAAGAAGAAGAAGAUGGAGAAACAACCGGGGUGUAGUUUCAUCGAAGUUGAUGGGGAAGUACACGAGUUUUUAUCGGGCGGUGACUUGGGGUACUACUAUUAGCUAGUGUUUGUUAGAAUCUUUAAAUGAUAAUUUAUCGAUUAAAAAAAAAAAAAAAAGUAAGUAAAGAACAAGAAAGGGAAGCAUAUGGAUUCAUGUUUCUAUUAUGUAUAUUAUUCCAUAUAUAUUUGUUACAAAUUUUCGAUCCAAGUCUUUUUAUUUUU